CGCUUUUGUUUUCGCCAUUUUAGCUCACUUCUUUUCCAAAAUUGUGCGGCGUUGGACGCGUGUUGUAAAGAUUAAAGAGCAGAAAAUUGCGAAUUUUCUUAGAGUUUUUCUCUAAUUUGUGUUCAAUUAAAUCAAAAAAACUAAAUACGUGAUGGAUCGAGGAAAUUAUGGCGGAGGCGGCGGUGGCGGUGGAGGUUAUAACAAUUUUUCUGUUCCUCCGCCAAACUUUCAACAACCACCGAAAAAUGGUGGUGGCUACAAUGAACCGCCGCCAUCGUUCAAUAAACCAAGUCAAGGAGGAGGAGGAGGCCGUGGUGGCGGUGGUAGUUGGAACGACCGAAGCGGAGGUGGUGGCGGCGGCGGCUACGGAGCUGGAGGCGGCAACAAGGACGGCUACAAUAAAGGAGGCGGCUAUGGAGGUGGUGGUAGCAGCGGUGGUGGUGGUGGUGGUAGUGGUGAUAUGGUAACCCAAGAGGAUACUAUUUUUAUAUCCGGAAUGGAUCCUAGUGCCACUGAAAUGGAGAUUGAAACAUUUUUUGGUGCAAUCGGCAUUAUUAAGAAAGAUAAAAGGACAAUGAAGCCAAAGAUCUGGUUGUACAAACAUAAGGAAACGGGAGAGUCGAAAGGUGAAGCAACUGUAACAUAUGACGACACAAACGCAGCUCAGUCGGCGAUUUCAUGGUUCGACGGACGCGACUUCAAUGGAUGUAUUAUUAAAGUUUCACUUGCACAAAGACAAAAUAACUGGAGUAAAUCUGGUGGUGGAGGUCGCGGUGGCGGCGGUUUUGGAGGUGGGCGCGGAGGACCUCGUGGUGGCGGAGGCGGUGGAGGAGGUGGAUUUGGUGGUGAUCGUGGUGGUCGAGGCUUUGAUCGCGGUGGAAAUGAUUUCGGUGGUGACUCAGGACGAGGAGGAGGUGGUCGCGGAGGAGACCAAGGUGGUCGUAUGGGCGGUCGGGGCGGAGGUGGUGGCGGUGGAGCCCCAGGAAUGCCACAAAGAGAUGGAGACUGGAAAUGUUCGAGCUGUAGUAAUACUAACUUUGCUUGGAGAAACGAGUGCAAUAGAUGCAAGACACCUAAAGGAAACGAAGGUGGAGGUGGUGGAUCUGACAUGGGAAGCGGCGGUGGUGGAGGUGGUUACGGUGGAGACCGUGGUUAUCAAAGCAGAGGAGGAGAUAGGAACGGCGGCGGUGGUGGAGGCGGUGGUGGAUUUAACCGCUUCAGUGGUGGCUCCGGAGGUGGCGGUGGUGGCAUGAGAGGUAACAACCGCCGUGAUGGAAACAGUGGAGGUGGACCCAUGCGAAAUGACGGAGGAAAUAGGUCAAGACCCUAUUAAUCUAUCGGACUUACAAUUUUAAUUUAAACAAAACAAUAAAAAAUACAUUUAAAUCAAUUGCUUUUAAAAUAUUUUAAUGUAAUUUCGAUGAGAAGUUAAACAAUUAUAAAAAAUAAAAUAUUAAUUAUGUAGAUAA